AGAAAAUUGUACGCAUGUGCGCAGGCGGUGUGUGAGAUGAAAAGAGAGGUAAACAUCUAACUAAAAGCGAAAUAAAACGGGUCAAACAUGGAUCCACAGAAAGAUUUACAGCCACCCAAGCAGCAGCCCAUGAUCUACAUAUGUGGAGAGUGUCACACUGAAAAUGAAAUUAAGGCCCGUGAUCCGAUUCGAUGCAGAGAGUGCGGAUACAGGAUCAUGUACAAAAAGAGAACAAAGAGAUUGGUUGUUUUUGACGCCCGGUGAAGAACAGAAGAGCAGCAGUUUUGAUUGUUUUUGUUUUGUGCUAUUUUUAUAGUGUAUGACAAUGUAAAUAAAUAACACCGUAAUGUCUGACCACCAGGUCUGGCAGCAGAUUCCAUACUUCUGGUUAAAACUCACAAUUUUCAUGUUCAUUUAACAGAACUGUGUAUUUGCCCAAGAGCGAUGGAUGAAACUUUUGGUUUAUUAAACAUGAUUUUUCACUGA